AUGUCAAUCAAUUUCAUUUCUUUACCAAAAAAAUAUUCCAAACAUUAUUUACAAAUUAAUUUCCAAAAUUUCCAACAAAAAGCUAAUUAUGGGGCUCCUCGUUUUAAACCAAAAAUUUUGAAGACAAAACCUUUAAGAACUCCAUCAAUGCUUGCUCUAGACAAUUUUGAUUUUUAUUACGGGCCUUUAUUUUCAAAUAAAUGGCCGUCAAUCCGUUUAGGGUUGUUAAUGCCUAAUAAAUUUGCUGCUGUUGUAAAUAAAAAUAUUAUGGAAAGUCUGGGAACAAUUAAUUUAAUUAAACAAAUUGUUAAUAAUAGAGAUCCGCCAAAAGAAGUUGAAAUAAUUAGAAAAAGAUUUGAUUCAAAACUUUCUAAAUUACAAGAAAAUAAAACAAAUAAUUUGAUUUCAACAACAAAUUCUUCAAAUCCAAUAGACUAUGACGUUGAAAGCCGUUUAGAGUCGGGAAUGGAAUUUUAUCUUCCUCCAACACAUGAAUUAAAACAUGGAGAAUUGGAAGCUUCAGAUAAGGAAAUGGAGUUAAUUGAAGGGUCUGGGGCCUAUACAAAUUAA